CUAAUCUCGCAAUAGACCAUCCUUGAUAUUUGUUACUCUUACAUGUUGGUUUUCACUUUGCCAAGUCACUUUCUCAUUGUACUUGUCUUAGAUAUCAUUAGCUUCCUAAAAUCCUUUGGAUCACUUGAAGAAUAUCAGACACAAAGUGGACCGCAAAGUAGGCUUACCUUGACAAUAGCAGACGAAGAGGAUAGGACUAUUAAUUGCUUGCUUUGGGGAGAUGUAGUUGCUAAUGCUUAUUGGAGUAAGCAGGAUGAUAUAGAGCCACCAAUAAUCAUAGCCAUUCAAUUUGCACGAAUAGAUAUCAAGGAUGGUAACAUCCAGAUCAGCAACACAUAUAAUGCCACUAAAGUCUCAUAUAAUCCAGAUAUACCUCAAGCGAAACAAUUGCUUGACAGGCUGCAUCGGACUCCCAUCUCACAUCCUCGGAGUUUUACCCAGAUCAUUGCACAGGACACAAGACUCUCCUCUGUUCGUUCAAUAAUAGAUUUGGCAAAAAGAAUUCAUAUAUCAGAGAUUAUUCCUUCCCAACAAGAGAUAGAAUUUGGUACUAAGGGAACAAUCUACAAGUUACAAACUGCCAAUGGUUGGACAUAUGAUGGUUGCAAUUCGUGUAAAACUAAACCAAGAGUUCAAAAUGGUCAACUUUAUUACGGUGGAUGUAAAACAUAUAUAACUGAAAUGGGUCCCAAGUAAUUUAAAGCUCCUCCUCCAUAGUAUUCUCUUUAUGCACAUUACUAUUACUAAUCCACCAUACUUUUCUCAGGUUUAGGGUUCACUACAUUGUUGCUGAUAACACGGGGGAGAUAUCUGUUGCUUUCUUUGAUAGACACAUGACAAAACUUUUAGACACAACUGCUUCAACCCUUAAAGAUGUACUGAAACAAGUUCAUGGAAUAUCGAAAUGCUUAUGCACCCUAUCUUUAAUACUUUAAAAUUGUCAUCUUGGCUUAUUUUAAAGCUAUUCAUGACAGGAUGAUAGACCACAAUCAUUCCCCAGAGAACUACAUAAAUUGUUAGGAAUGGAAAUGCUGCUUAAACUAAAGCUAACAAAGUAUAAUAUACAGUACAGGAACACAAGUCUCGAGGUCUCUCAAUUUAGUCGAGAUCAGGACGAAUUGAAAUCGUUUACUUAUACAGAUAAACAGUUCAGCGAUCCAUUUUAUCAACUUCAGAUGCAAUCUUUCCUUAUAUCAUUCCUGAUUUUUUUUUU